UUACCAAUCGCGUGAGACCACGAUCGCAAUGGCGGCGUGGCUGAACGGUUUUGUGUUAUCGGCCGGAUAGGUGUUGGUUUCUCGGUGCGCGAUCGUGUCGAUUUUCUUAUUUAUAACGUUGUUCGUUGCGCUCGGUGGAUCGGUUUCUUUUCAGUCAUGUACGUUCUCCUGUUAGCAGCUCUGUUAUAUAUCACUUUAGACGUCGUAGGAAGUGUUUCUCAAUUGGAGAUCAAUAGGCAUUUAGAGCUCGGCAGGGAGUUCUUGGCAAAGGGCCAGUUACAAGAUGCACUGUCACAUUAUCAUGCAGCUGUCGAUGGCGAUCCAACCAAUUACUUGACACACUACAAGAGAGGAACAGUUUACUUAGCUCUAGGUAAAGCCAAAUUUGCUCUCAAUGACCUUGACAAGGUUCUGGAAUUGAAUGCAGGCUUUAUACCAGCAAGACUGCAGCGUGGUAACAUUUUACUUAAGCAAGCCAACUUCAAUGAGGCUGAAGCCAACUUUAUGGAUGUGCUAUCUGUAGAACCAAAUAAUAGAGAUGCCUUGAAUGCCUUAGAUAAGCUAUAUCCAGCUAGGGAAGAUAUUAAAUAUAUCGACGUGUUGGUGCACAAUGGUGAUCAUACAGCAGCUGUGCACCAUAUCACACGACUCAUUGAAGUAUGUCCAUGGUCAUCUCAUCUUAGAGAACGUAGGGCUGAGAGCUACUUGGCUCUUGGAGAUUAUAUGAGUGCUAUAUCUGAUAUACGUUCAACUACCAAAUUAUUAUCUGACAAUACAGAAGGGUUUUAUAAGCUUUCAUUAUGGUUAUAUCGUCUUGGGCAAGUUGAGGAAGCAUUGAAGGAAAUUCGAGAAUGCUUGAAGCUCGACCCAGACCAUAAGGAAUGUUUCCCAUUCUACAAAAAGAUUAGAAAAAUCAGCAAGUUGCUACAGGAUGCAGAGAAAGCGUCAGAGGAUACGAAGGAUUACGACGUAUGUGUCGAAUCGGCUCGUCAUGUGUUGACGCAGGAGCCAGAAGAGCAAAAUGUGCGGUUCACAGCUUUCCAUCUUCUCUGCAAGUGUUACACUGGCAUCUCCGAGACCACAAACGCGAUUAACAAUUGUCAAGAGGCAUUGAAGAUCAGGAAGGAACCGGGCGUCAUCUGCGACAGCGCAGAGGCGUAUCUCGCUGCGGAAUUGUUCGACGAUGCCAUCAGGGAUUUCAAGGAAGCGUUGGAAAUAGAUCCGAACUUCCAACGGGCGAAGCAAGGGCUGCAAAAAGCGCAACAACGUCAGAAGUUGUCGGAGUCGCGGGACUAUUACAAGAUCUUGGGUGUGCCGAGAACUGCGAAGAAGCGGGAUAUCAUUAAGGCGUACAGAAAAGCGGCGCAGAAGUGGCACCCCGAUAAUUUCCAAGAGGGAGACGAGAAGAAACGCGCUCAAAAGAAGUUCAUCGACAUCGCCGCUGCCAAAGAGGUCCUCACGGACGAUGAGAAGAGGGCGAAAUUUGAUCAGGGCGAGGAUCCUUUGGAUCCCGAGUCGGGCCGGCAUCAACAAGGCUUCAAUCCCUUCCAAGAGUUUCAUCACUUCCACGGUUCUCCCUUCCAGUUUAAAUUUCACUUCAAUUAAACACAUCGCGAUCCUUGUAAUAGAGCAAUUACUACUCUCGAAUUUUAUCUCCAUCACAUGGGAAGCGACGUUCUAGCCCGAAUUUCAUUUCACUACCUCGUGGGUGAAGAUCGCGUGUGUUUAACACGUUUAAACGGACUCGGGAGAUCGUAAUAUGUGACACCGAUGGAUUAGUAUGCACAGACUAUCUCGGCCAGGCCAUCUCGUAAUAUCAGACGUGUGUCGUCUCGUUUAACGCGUUCGACCUUUUCGGUAUGGCAGCAUCACGGAGUGGGAAACGAUUUCUGAUGACCAACGCUUACUCGACAAGAAAUGUGCCUCCCAAUGGCCGAGGAAAUAUAAACGCGUUACCUAAUUCAAUCGUCUUGAGCGACUAUUAAAUUUAUAUAUAUAAAGAUAUACAAAAUAGAGCGAGAUGAGACUAUCAAAUUAAAUCAUGAACUUUUUUUAGGAAGAAUUUAGGAUCCUUUAGAGGAUAUCUCUUCGAAACGCAUGUACGCGACGCUGCCGUACAAGCGUUUUUAUUUCGAAAUGGCGUGUUGCAUACCGAAAGAUUCAAUAAGACGCAAUGUAGAAUUUAAUCGUCCGGUAGUUUCUGUACUGCAAGAAUCAUGAUACAGUUAUUUAGUACAUGCAUACAGACUGAAUACAAUGAAGAUGAUCUACUUGGAUUCGCGUGAGCGUUUGUUACGUGCAAUUGUUCAAUCGCCGCACACUAUCGAUCUGUACACGCUAGUGAUACGCGCAAUUGUGAUCGUUGUACUAGAUGUCGCCGUGCAAACGAAGAAUGUACAGUCGAUCAUCAUACUGCCACUGAUUCGCUUCAGCGGCUACUCACUCGUUUUAGCUUAAAAACGUGCGACAAUUAGAUAGAAUAAACGUGAGAGCCAUUUCUCGGUGAUGACGCGCUUACCGAGUACGAAUACGACUAUAUUCAGUAAAUAUUUAUAUCUCGUUAUUACUCCGCGAAGGGUAUUCAUACUCGGUAAUGUUCACAUGUAGAACAAUGCUGUGCGCUUGUCGUGUUUGCAUGAAUGUGAGUCGGAACUUCAUCUGUAAAUAUUGUAUCUCUCUGAUAUUUGUUUAAAAAAUAUAUAUUUGAAUAAUUUAUACAGACACAA